AUGGCAACUGGAGGUAUACUUCUGGUUCAACCGGAAAAUCUUCUGUCGUUUGAGCUGCUGGGGAUCGAUUAUUUGCUGUCUCGAGACUUAACUUCCGACUCCCUGGAUCCCUCGAUGUAUGAUAUUGGUAGAUCGAUGAUUGACACGCAACAGUGGCUAUACCAAAACUCCAGAGAUAUUCUCGAUGAGUCAGAUGAGAUCUUGAGUGUCAGAUUUGAGCUUAUCUAUACGCUCGGUAAUCAACAGAAUCUUGAAUUCAGCCCAGAUCGUUGGUCAAUCAUUCAAGACGUUCUAGGUAUACUUUCUGAACAAGCUCGAGAGAAGCCUCAAGGUCUUGAAGUCAUAGAAAGAUCGGCCAGGGCGUUUCCACGGAUUCGUAUAUUACAAGAGGCUGCUGGAGAAAAUCUACUCAUCAAUACCGCACGAUUAAUUUGCAGAGACGGAAUGUCUUCCUUAGCGACGUGGACGUUUUCGGAAAAAGAACGGAACACUGUCUUUGAGUAUCUCACGGAUCCUCACAUGCCUAGCCAUCGGGCAGCAAUCCUUGAGUCGAGGGUGUUUGAGUCGAGAUUCACCAAGAUGACCCUGCUUCUGCUCCGAGGGUUAUUUGCGGCCGGUGUCCUAGAGUAUGUCUUUGCCAAGAAGAGAUGGCGAGUCAAUUACGGGCUUGAUCUAAGCUCGCGGUCCCUUACCACGCCAAGGAUAAUUGCCAGAUCUGAGUUCAGUCAUCCUGAUACAGCUAUAGCACUAACAUGCCUUUCUUAUUACUACGGUGGCCUGUCAGACGAACAGAUCCAUGACAGUUUCGAAGAACUACUUCUCUCUGAUCAUCCCCAGGAAGACUAUGUACAAUGGAUCCAAUAUUGCAAGAAUCUGCCGGAAUCUUUCACGCAAUUAACUGGAGUGAAUCUCAAGGACAAAGUCCAAUGUUCGAGCAAACUUUUUCCUGCCCUUCGAUGGUCAAAAGCUCUCAUAGACUAUUAUCUGGAACGCCUCGUGUUUCCAAAGGAACUGAAAGAAUUCAGUAGCAAGUUGUCCAGCUCCGGAUGGGAAAUUGCUCGAGAGAAAAAGCACCCUACGACAGGCUUUAGCGGUACUAACGACAGCAAAUAUAUGCUCCCUACUCCGAUCAAACAGUGUGAGCUCGCUGAGCAACUGUCGACCAAUGCUGAAGUUCUCAAUUGUCUCUUGCAGCCUGAGAACAGCUUCGACACAGAAUACACCCUCAAACUGGAGACACUUGAUGCGAAAGCCCUUCUUGACAUAGCAAUCAACAUGGUACCAUCAAUUUGUGUGCUUCUGGAUGUAGGUGCUCAACUUCUUGAAGACAAUGAAAAAAUUGCGACAGAUUGGCUUGGACUCGUCUCUGCCGAUGAUGCUCAGGCGGUCAUUUUCUUUCACGACAAUGACCUCUUUGUCUUGAAUCGAGACGGCAUGAAGGAACCUCUACUGGUUUCACCCUUUGCGAAGCAGAUAGACCGAUGUUUAGUGUAUCUCGAUGAGGCUCAUAUUCGUGGAACCGAUCUGAAGUUACCUGCUGACUAUCGUGCCAUCGUAACCCUUGGACCUGACCUCAAUAAAGAUAGACUUGCCCAAGCUUGUAAACGCCUGCGACGUCUUGGAUCUGGGCAAUCAGUUGUCUUCUGUGGCCCGCUGGAAGUGCAGCUAAAGAUUCUUGAGUGUAGUGGCAAGAAUGACGCAAGACUUAUCGAGGUUGAAGAUGUGCUCUUCUGGACGAUACACAAUUCCUGGGAAUUUACUAAAAAAGGUAUGCCUCUUUGGGCAACUCAAGGUAUGAGACAUUAUCGCCGACGGGCUGCAUGCGACCUAUCCGGGGCAAUUCCUCGAAUACCAAUCGGUGUUUUAGAGCCAGAAGCUCUAACGUUGGACGAACGUUACGGCCUUGACAGAACCUCAAUAGACGAAGGAAUUGUAUGCCGCAAUCGAUUGAAGGUUGAUAGUGAUCUCACGAGAGCCGAGCUUGCUUCUAUCCGUUCAAAGUGUCGGGAGUUCGGUCUGAAUACUUUCGGAGAUUCGGACCUUCAUGAGGAACAAGAAAGAGAGCUACAUUCAGAGAACGAACGCGAGCAACAAAUUGAGCCUCCUCCUCCUACGAGGCCUUACAAGCACAAUUUACAUGCAAGCAUUCGACAGCUAAUCCUCACGGGAGAGCUGAAGUCUGAGGAGGGUUUCGAACAAGCUUUUAACGUCUUUCGUCUCACCCGUGCUAGAGAAGGGCUUGAUGUAAACGAUUGGCCCGGAAAUCUACUCAUGUCCCAAGAUUUUGCAACUACUGUACAAAUCACCAACGAAGGAAACACCGACUCAUUCUUGCGUCCCGUUCACUGGAUCUUAUCUUUCAAGGGCCCAAACCGCGAGCCUAGAUACAUGAUCUUGAGUCCCUUCGAAGUCCAAGAGUUGUUGCCCCAGAUGAGAGGUCAGAAUCGAGUUCGUCUGCAUGUCUACUCUCCUCGUUUGAGCCUCUCAAACCGCAGUCUCGAAGAUUUAUCCUUUUGUGCCGUCCCACCUGUUCCGGAUGAUUGGUCCGUUCCGACAAUUUCCACAACCCUCAACCUCUUUGCUGGCCAACUAUAUCUUCGCGACCCAGAAGAGUACCGCACACUCUGUCGAUUCCUGGGUGUCCGCUCCCAACACUCACGCCAAGGAGUUGAUAUCAAUACAAAUGGCUUUAUCUCUAUCGAAACACGCCAUCUUCAAGACGACGAGACGGCCGCCAUUUGUAGAUUUACUAGUAAUCCCAUCGACUUCCUACGUCUUGUGACAACGUUCCGUAGACUAGGACAAACCUUUGCGAGUUCGCAUAUGGGCAAGCUUCUCAGUGGGAGAUUGGUUAGGGAUAUGGACUUUGAAGUUGCCGCGAGAGCUGAAGAGGUUGAUGAUCCAAUGGAUGUGGAUGAGAUCAAGUCAGAAGAGGGUCUCUUCGUAGAUUGA